CGCCGGUAACCCGCACCUCACUCAACGACCCUCCCAACGGCACUCGGCACUCGGCACUCGGCACUCGGCAGUCGCCACCGUCGCGGCGCUCCUCAGCCGAGCCAAACCUUUCGAAAUCUCCACGCCUUUGUCGCCUCCCUUUUAUACCAAACCUCCGGCUCCCAGAGUCCCAGUUCCCACCGUAGCAAUCACUCACAACUGUUGCCUAGCAGCAGGCAAGAAGAGGCAAGGAUGCCACAGCUCGAUCUGGAGUCCCUCUUCUGCGUCGGCGGCGGCGAGUCCAGGUCGACGAAGGUCGCCUGCGAGACCAUCGCGGUCGCAGCCUCCGACGUCGACGUCGCCAGCGCCCACGAGCAGUCGCGCCGGAUUAUCUGGGCCUGGUCCGGGCCAACCGGCGCGGCGCUGGAGCGGGACGGGUCGACCAAGGGCAGCUCCAACCCCAAGACCGCGGCAGAAGAGACGACGCGUAACAAGGGCGCGUCGAGGGCGCCGAGGAGGUUGGAGUUGGAGGCAAUCGUGGUGGGCGUUCUGCCUGCCGGGAAGAUGGUCGUGCAGCAGAGGCGCCCUCCUGUGGUCGGCCGCGGCUGGCGCCGGCCGGCCGCAGGGGCCAGGGUGUUCGCGAGCGAGGCCGUGGGCACGGAGCCCGUGUCCCCGAAGGUGUCGUGCUUUGGGGCUGUGCGGUCCGAGAGCCGCGCGGCGGCGCCUGCACCUGCGCCUUCGCCGCGCGGGGAGGAGGAGCAGGUCGAGGAGCGGAGCGGGUGCUGGGCGAGCGUCGCCUCCGCGCUUCGUGGCUUGCUAUGCGGCUCUGACUCGGACAACCGUCGGGAAGGUGAAUCUGGGGCGAGUGAAUCGAAGCCCGCGGUGUCGGGGUCGCCGACGGUGGACGGUCCAGUUCUGUCGCCGCCGCGGCCGGUGCUGGGUCUGGGAGACGUGAAGCAAAUUGCUUCGCGGCGGUGGCCGGAUGGAGAUGGGCGGUGCUUGGUUUGAAUUCUCCUGCGUGCUUGAGGAACAGGAAGCACGGGAACAAUUGUGUACACAUCUUCAGUUGUACAGAGUCUCUCUUGCGUGCUUUGGUAGGCACGGGAACAGCUGUACAUUCACGGUUGCCCAGGCGGCAACCAGCGUACUCCCCGGCUUGCACCCGUGCUAAACAAAACCAAGCUCUGAUCUUCUCUCGUGCAGUGUGUAUGGACCCGUCUAUUUCUUUUGUACAGCUAGUAGUAAGUACGUAGUAUCAUUGUGCAAAUCGGUGUUUGACUUUUGUAUGCAGUUUCACUUCACUCUU